AUGAUGCCUAUUCGGUCACGCGGCGGUGUUUGGCCUGGGUCCAGCAGGCAAGCAGUCACCGAGACGCCACCGUCUCGGGUCGUAUCGAAGCCGGUCCCGGAACGAGAGACCAAAGACGCAAGGGGUUACCAGAUCGAGCAGUUGAAGCGUCGGUAUUCUCCCCAGGAAAACGACAUCGGCCACGGGAUGGUCUCCCUCCUCUUCCACUUGACCCCCUCCGACCCGGACUUCCCCUUUGACCUCAACCACCUGGAAUGCGAUCUCCGCAUCCCGGAGGGGUACCCAAAGCACCCGCCCCAACUGCUGAUCAAAAACAAAGAUAUUCCCCGGGGAUUCGUCAUCAACAUCGAAAGGGGUUGGGACGCUCUCGUCCAGCAGAAGCGCGGCGCUACCCUCCUCACCCUGGUGAAAGCUCUUGAUCGGAGGCUGGAGUCACUGUUGUCAGAGAAGAAGGCGGAAACUGUCAAGUUGACCAUAUUCAAGGACACCCGCCAUCUCGAUUCUGGACCGGCUUCUGUCUCGGGUUCGCAGCCUGUAAAGCCGAUCACCAAACCGACGGUGGAUCGGCCAUACAUCCCGGAGGAAUCAUACUCCAAAGACCAGAUCGCCGAAGCAAAGGCGCGGCGAGCCCAGGACGUGAGACAGCUUGAAGCUCGCAUGCACCGCUCUCCGGAUUACCAAAAGUCCAGCGAUGGCGUCGUCUACACCUUGUCGCUGGAACCGAAGCGGAGAGCCAGCCUCCCUCCCAGUCUUCAACCGGUCCAGUCGGUUCAACUCAUCGUCCCACUUCUCUACCCUCUGCAACCGUUAAGGAUCCUCUUGAACGAUGUCGGAUCCGAGGACGCCGAGCCGGUUGAGGAGCUCUUCGCACAGAAGGCUGCCGAGCAGAAGCAGAUGUCCCUGACUAGCCAUCUGAACUACUUGGCCCAGAACAUGGACAGAUUGGCGAAGCAGGCUCAGAAGGCCCCCGCCGAGGUUGCGCCAGCCGUUGAGGUGCCCGCUAGUGCGGUACAGGAGGCAGAGAAGGCAGGGGAGGCAGAGGAGGCCGCGCAAACGCCCUUUAAGGAGACUGGUAAGGGUCAUGUGCAUGUUAUCCCCCGGCCCGUGGAAUGGGCUGACUAUGGCACCGGCAGUUCUGAGUCGGACGACGACUCCGAUGACGACGACGAGGAUGGAGGUGCCGUGAUUGAGGCGGAACCAGCUGGCCCCAGCCUGCCGACACAAACGGCUGAGCUUGGGACAGCCAUGUCGUUUCCCUCUAUCGAGCUGUAUGGCAUCGAGCUCCUGCAGGUUUCGGUCCUCAACCUCAGCGUCAAAUGCGACCGCUGCAAGACAAUCAACGAAACCACCGGGCUGAAGGACAACCUCGAAAAGGCCAGCAGCUGCAAAAAGUGCGCCACCCCCUUCGCCGUCCGCUUCCGCCAGGAGCUCGUCCACCAGCACUCGACCCGCGCCGGUUUUAUCGACGUAACCGGCUGCACCGUCGCCGACCUGCUCCCAAACACCUUCACCCCGACCUGCGCGACCUGUUCCACUACCUCCCCCACAGGACUCACCUCGGUGCGCGGCGAAACCACCACCAACGUCUGCCGCACCUGCCACGCGCGCUUCACCUUCGCCCUGCCCGACGUGCGCUUCCUCGCCUACGCCCCCGGCAGCCAAAGCCUCCCACCGACGACUGGCCCGCGCCGCCGCCAGGAGCGCCUGGGCCUGCACGCGGGCGAGCCGCUCCCCGCGCGUGGGGCUGCUUUUUGCGGGAGGAGUGUGAUCGGAAAGAGGGGGAAUGGGUAUUGGGAGGGUGGCAAGGGGACGAGGGAUCAGAGGCUGAUGAGAAGGGGGGAUAAGAGGAAGUAUAGGCGCCUCGGGACGGCGAAGAAGGAGGAUUGA